AGAGGGUGGUGCUGUCAAGUAAUUUUUCCAAUAUGGCGCGUUCAAUACGUUUCUGUGCUUAGAGGGGGACUUAAAUGUGAAGAAAAAUCGGCCAAAAGGUGUGUCCGCGUGUGAAAAUGCAGCCUAAGCUUGCUUUAGCCGGCCGCGCGGAUCUCCCGAGUGCAUUGUUGCGGUAAUAGAACGCCCGUGUGCACAGCAAAAGAGGGCCACUCUGUCCCGAAGGCCGCACCAGGAAAUUUUCACCACACCACACAUUUUUCAUUUUUACCCCAAGAAGGAGGCCCCUGCCGGAGGCCCUCCACACGCACGCAUCGCCUCGAGAUACUGCGCUAUCAGUUUAGUUGGCUCGCAUCGGCACUGCUGGCGUUGCGGGGCGCUCGCGAGGGUGUGAUUUUCGCGAGUGACGAGCAGCUUCCCGUCUGCGGAGCUCCGUGGCGACUUUUCCGUGGCUCCGCUGAGCCCGGACGCACGUGCUUGACGCGCGCCGGGGGCUGUCGGGGGUCAGCCCGUGCCCGGGCGCCGAGGUGGGUGCCCAGAGGCUGCGCCGGAGAGUGCGAGAGCGAGAGGGAAUGCCAGUGCCAGGCCGAUAGUAGCGUAGUGAUAAUUUGUGAAUGGAACUUAUAUUGAUUUGUGUAUUGUAAACUUUUCGCAUCCAUUUGUCGUGCUGAACAGAGUGGGAGUCGCACUCGAUCGCGCUGAAUUUGAGGCCGGAGACGAGAGCCGGGCGAAUUGUCUUUGAGUUGUGGCGACAGUGAGAUCAGAAGAUGUGGAAUAUGAUGUGCGACGUGAUGCCGACGAUUUCGGAGGACAACAUCUCCCAGAGGUCCUCCCAGUUCAGCGGCGAGGAUGCCAACUUCGAGCAGCUGAUGGUGUCCAUGCUGGACGAGCGGGACAAGCUGAUGGACAGCCUGCGGGAGGCGCAGGACCGACUCAACGAGUCGGAGGUGAAGUUGUCCGAGACGGAGAAGGAGCGCGACAGCCUCCAGAGGCAAAUUAAUGCCAAUCUGCCACAGGAAUUUGCCACUCUCACGAAAGAAUUGACCCAAGCGAGGGAGACUUUGCUGGAGAGAGAUGAAGAGAUUGCAGAAUUGAAAGCCGAAAGGAAUAAUACUCGGCUCCUGCUGGAACAUUUGGAGUGCUUGGUGUCGCGCCAUGAGCGAUCGCUGAGGAUGACGGUGGUGAAGCGACAGGCUGCAGCUCAGAGUGGGGUUUCGAGUGAGGUGGAGGUGCUGAAAGCUUUAAAGAGUCUCUUUGAGCAUCACAAAGCUCUGGAUGAGAAGGUGAGGGAGCGACUGAGAAUAGCAUUGGAGAAAAAUACAGCCCUCGAGGAGGAAUUAAAUACGGCUAAAGAAGAGAUUCAACAGUAUAAAUCUGGAGUAAUUCAUGUGGGUGACGGUGGAAAGGAGAACGGCGAUGGCGAUAAAUCAGGCGUUGGACAGUCGGUUAACGGCGAUGGCAGUGGUGGUGAUGUCUUAAGUACAGUUGAUUAUGUCACCAAGACGCACGAGCUGCAGACAAUUAUUGAAAAACAGACAGCCGAAUUAUCACAAUGGCAGCGACGUGUGUCGGAUUUGAAUAAUAAAAUUAGCGAGAUGGAGGAGAGCCUGUCGAAGGUGCAGAAGGAGUAUGCUAAAGCACAAGAUCAAUGUGCUAAAUUGCAACGUGACUUGAGGGAGAAUGUGGCUCAGAAGGAGGACCAGGAGGAGAGAAUUGCAACACUGGAGAAGCGAUAUUUGAAUGCUCAAAGGGAAUCGACAUCACUGCAUGACUUAAAUGAGAAAUUGGAGCAAGAAUUGCGACACAAAGAGGCACAAUUAAAGUUGCACGAAGAGAAAAUAUCGGCGAUUCAGGAAAAGCUGGAGCUCUCGGAGCAAAAGUUGCAACAAAUGGCCAAAUUGCCAGAAAUGGAGGAGCAAUUGAAGGCACGUAUGGAGGCGCUGACGCAGGUAGGAACUCAGGCACAAGAGCGACAUGGAUCGGCUGAGGAUCGCAUUCAGCGACUGGAGACGAAUUUGGAGGAGAAGAAUGCGGAGGUGAUGCGCCUGAAUCAGCGGCUGAAGAUGAAUGAGGAGCACAAUCAGCGCCUGUCGUCGACAGUGGACAAGCUGCUGUCGGAGUCGAAUGAUCGGCUGCAGGUGCACUUGAAGGAGCGAAUGCAUGCGCUGGACGAGAAGAACACGCUGACGCAAGAGCUGGAGAAGGCGCGGAAGCUGGCGGAGGAGCUGCACCAGGAGAAGCAGGACAUUGUGAAGGAGCUGUCCAAGACGCGCCUGGAGAUUGAGAACUUCAAGCGGCAGCUGCUGCAGCAGGAGAUCGCCUUCAACAUCCAGCAGACGGAGGCGCUGACGCGCAGCCUGUCGCCGAGCAAUGUGGCGGACGCGACGGCGUUCUCCAGGAGUGCCUCGCACACGUCCUUCGACACGCACUCGCUGCGGCGGCAGAAGGUGCGCCUGGACGAUGGGGAUCCCUUCGCGCGCUCCCUGGCCGAGCAGGAGUGGGGCAAGCUGCAGCAGGCGCACGUCCUGUCCAAUGUGCAGCCGCCGUUCGAUGUGACGGGCGGCGUGGAGGCCGACGACGCCGAGAGUCUCUUCAGCACGGCCGAUAUUAUGUCACCCACUGGCCACACAGAUGCUCAAACACUCGCUAUGAUGCUUCAAGAGCAAUUGGAUGCCAUCAAUAAUGAAAUAAGACUCAUCCAGGAGGAGAAACAGUCCACGGAGGCGCGAGCGGAGGAGCUCGAGUCUCGCGUCGGGAGCUUAGAACACAUGAAUUUAUUAGCGCGCGGCCGAUCGAUGGAUCGCCAAAGUCCUCCGCUGAGUGGCCGAAGUACACCAAAUAGUCCCAAUAGAGAUUACCUUCACAAAUAUCAUACGGCUCCCGCCUCAAUGUCACCGGCACAUCUUCAUCAGUAUGCGGCAUCUUCGAUAAGUCCUGGCCAGCUUUCAGAAUCGCUCCCAUCCAGCCAGCUUAAUCUGCCCGCCUUGUCGUCAGAUGUGUCACGAGAUGAGCUGCACGGAAUGAGUCUCGGCGGUGAUUCCAGUUCGGGCGGCGCUGCGUCUCCGCUGACGGCGAGAUCGCUGCGUCUGGAGCGCGUGGCUCAGGCUCUGGCGCACAGUCAGGAGGAGUUGCGAAGACGCUCAAUGGGAUUGUCUGUUGGCGGUUUUCCUGGGCAGAAUAACAUAAGAGUUGGAUCGUCGAAUUUCGGCCCAUCGCCGCUGAGCUCGCGCCACGGAAGCCAGGAAUCGCUGCGACACUACAGCACGAUGGGCUCCAUGAGCAUGCUGCAGACGCCGACGUCCAGCUCGCGAGACGCUGUGGCGGCGGCACAGAAGAAGAAGGGCAUCAAGUCGAGCCUUGGGCGGUUCUUCAGCAAGAAGGAGAAGGUGAAAGGCGUGAAGGAUGCAAUGCCCGACGGAUCGACGAGCAUGAUGUCAAUGAGCGGAUUAUCCGUUGCCAUGAGUGACAUUGACUCGAACUACGACGUAAUGAGCAUAUCAGGAGGAAAAAUACCCGGAAAGUCAUCAACUGUGGAUUACGGAAGGCAGAAAAAGAAAGAGCACGACUAUCGUCACGAUCUCCUGGGUGAGGCGAUGAAGGCUGGCACGCCGUUCGCACUGUGGAACGGCCCCACUAUCGUGGCCUGGCUGGAGUUGUGGGUUGGAAUGCCAGCGUGGUAUGUGGCCGCAUGUCGGGCGAAUGUGAAAUCGGGCGCCAUCAUGAGUGCUCUCAGUGACACGGAAAUUCAGCGGGAAAUAGGCAUCAGCAAUCCGCUGCACAGGCUCAAACUGCGACUUGCCAUUCAAGAGAUGGUCUCAUUGACAUCGCCAUCAGCACCGCAAACGACGCGCACAACAUUGGCCUUUGGUGAUAUGAAUCAUGAGUGGAUUGGAAACUAUUGGUUGCCUAGUCUGGGUUUGCCGCAGUAUCGCACGACAUUUAUGGAGUGUCUCGUGGAUGCGCGAAUGCUGGAUCACUUGACAAAGAAGGAUUUGCGUGGACAGCUGAAGAUGGUGGAUAGUUUUCACAGAACGAGUCUCCAAUACGGGAUUUCGUGCCUCAAGAGGCUCAACUAUGAUCGCAAUGCGCUGGAAGAUAGGCGGAAAUCGUCGGAGAAUUCCAUGGCGGACGUUCUCGUGUGGAGCAAUGACAAGAUUAUUCGGUGGGUGUCGUCGAUUGGAUUGAAGGAAUAUGGCAAUAAUUUGUUAGAAUCUGGUGUUCAUGGCGCUCUUAUUGCCCUCGAUGAGAGCUUCGAUGCCAAUGCAAUGGGCUUAGCUUUGCAAAUUCCAACACAAAAUACCCAAGCUCGUCAAACGUUAGAAAUGGAGUUCAAUAAUUUAUUGCAAAUGUCGACGGAGAGAAGGCCCGAGACUGAACAACUCAAUAAAUCCUGAUCCAACGUCAGUCUUUCUAGUCUUAGUGAUGAAUGAAAAGGAGUAUUUAAUUUAUGAAAAAAUGGGGUUUUGCCUACAAAUCUCUGUUCGUUGUAUAAUUUUUUCUACCAAUUCAGAGUCAAACAUUUUGAUCCUCUUUUUGUUUAUAGUAAACUACUGUAAAAGUAUAUAUUUAAAGUGAAGAAUAAAAAAAAAUGUAGGAAUAAGAGAAAAACAGAAUAUUUGAAAGAAAAGAAAAAACACACUUUGAAGGCGAAGAAGAAGAAAACCAAAAUGGGGAAAAGUGGGGGAAAUAUUUAUAGAUAUUUUCCGGAGAAAAGAAGAUUAAUAAUAAAUUUAAAGAGGAAAAUUGAGAGUCUUUUCGCAUAAAAUGAUAAAAAAAAUUAACAAGGAAAACUAAAAAAAAAUAAUUUAUAAAAAAUAUACACUGUGGGUCAUUCAGAUGAAUAUAAAAGGCUUUUUCAUGUUACAGAAAAUAAUAAUGGUCGAGUUCUUUUCUUUGGUAAAUUUGUUAAACAAGAUAAUAAGAAGUCUGAUUAAUCAUACGUUACAUUUUUUCAUAUAAAUGAUUGUGGAGAGAAAGCAAGAGAAUUUCCUGACAUUUUUGUAAUUCUACACAAAUGAGAUGAAAUAUGAAGAAAAAAAAAUAAUAAUUGUAAAAUAUUCUUUGUGAAAAAGCUUUCUAUUGAGACUGUGCUGACUUCCACUAAUUACAGGUUAAUAAACAUAACUUUUAAUUAUUGAGAAAGGAGAAUAAGUAAUGGGAUGCAUUCGUAAAUUUACAAAGAAAGAAAAAAAAGAGGGAAAAAUAUCUCAUUUGAUGAGCUGAAAAGCUGAUAUUUUUACUUUUCUUGGCGGGGGGAGGAAAGAAGAUGGAUGAAAAAUGAGGAAAAAGUGAGCAGAAGAAGGAAAAUUGUUGAAAGAACAAGAGAGGAGAUAUUGUAAUUUUUACCUAAAUAGUUAGAUUUUGAAUAGAUUUUGUUAUUGAUGAAUUGAAUUAAGGGAAGGAAGAACUCAACUUUGACUUGAAUAAUAAAUAAUUGUGUAUAUCUUAAGAUAAAGUGAAUUUGUUAAGUCAUCAAGAAUAUAAAGUCAACACGUAAUUUUUGGUGCUGACCGUGGAAGUUUGUUAGUUUGCAUAAAACCAAAAAAAAAGAAGAAGAGGAGAAAAGAUAGAUGAGAAACAAGAUAAUAGUUUAAAUAUAAAUGGGAUACUUAAGCUUUCAUGCGGCACUUAAGAGAUGAGUGAAGAAGAUGAAGAUGAGUUGAUGUGUAAAAGUAGAGGAAGGAAAACCAUUAGAAAUUUCCAUUUUACAUUGCGUAAUGUAUUAAGGAAGCAAACCGUAUUAAAAUUUCAAAGUGUAACAUAAUAUUUAACAUAAGUAUACCAAGAAAGAGUGGCAGAAGAAGUGCUGCAAAGUGCGUAUAUUGUAGAGAUGAAGGAAGGGAACUAAGUUUUAUAGUUUACUUUCGAAAAGUCUAACCUUCUUAAGAGAGAGAGAGAGAGAGAGAGAGAAAGAAAAAAUACCUUCCGUGUUUGAAGUCCCAAAUUGUAACAAAAUGUAUGAUAUAAGAGAGACUUUUGAUGUUCAUUAACUCACCAAACGCGACAUUUCAUCAGACAUUUUGAGCCUAAAGUAUAUAAACUCUUACUUAAUACUUAUUUUAUGGAGUACAGCACGAAGAUAAUUGUGAUUUUUACCGUAUUCUCAGCCGGGCCACAAGUGAAUAACUUAAGAUUAGAAGAAAAAAAAAGAAAAGAAGUGAAGAGUCUUCCUCGGAAAUGUUCCACUCGAUUGAUUUCCUUCUCAAUAUUUCAGCAUUAUUAUUGUCAUUCCGCUUGCCAUGAUAUGAAAUUGAGGCAAUUAUUUUCGUGCUGUUUUCCUUUAAAUCUCAGGAAAUGCAUUUACCGUUUCACUGUCAGCCGCUUUACAAUUUAAUUUAAUAAUAAUCGCGUCAAAUCAGUGAAGUUCACAAGGCAUGAGAUUCGAGCAGUUUUGGCAAAGGAUGAGUUUUGAUAUUCCCAACUUCCUGUAGAAUUGUAAUUAUGGAUGAAAGACAAGAACUGAUGGCAGAUAUCACACUAUAAAUGUAGAAUUGUAUAAUUGUACAGUAGUGAGGAAUUGUGUACAGACUUAAUUGAUGAUUUCGGCGAUAAAUUCUAACCUUCCAAUUCCUUUUGUGUUUUCCCUGAGGAAUUUUCCGCUUGCAUCUUGAAAGACAGACACACAAUUUUUGGCUAAUUUAUUUCCCAUCUAAUCUCUCACACUAAUCCAUAUCAAGAGAUCGUUAUCACACUCGCGUGCAUGUGUAAUCAUUGUAGGGAUGCAUUUGAUUGACUUUUGUAGAGGAGGAAAAGGAAGAAACAGGAAAUUUCUCACAAAAGAUUUUCGGGGGUUUUUUUUUUUCUAUAGGAAAAAAGAAGAAAAGAAAGAAUUACUGGACAAAGUGACGGACAAAGCAAACGAUGAGAGAAAGAUAGUAGAUAUUUAGCUAGAUGAUUAACAUUUGUAAUCUUGGGAAGAGUGGGGGAAAAUGAAAGGCUUUUCCAGCGAGGAAUAUUCUGAAUUUUCCAAUGCGUCGCCCUGAAUCAUUUUAAUAUUUAACAAACAAUGUAUUAAAAAGAUAUAAAUAGGUUAUUUUCUACUUGUUAUCCUUUAUCAACACUGAAGUGUUGAUAGCAUUUGAAUAUAGAGUGGAAGUAAAUAAAUUUCUAAUGAAUUUGUGGAGAGGAAAAAGUAGCAAAACAAAAAGUCAACGUGAAAUGCAAGAGGAAAAGAAGAAUCACAAAAGAAUAACUGAAGUUUACAUGGAGUGAAGAGAAGUAAAACAAUUUGUAUUUAUAUCAGUGAGAAAACCUUAACUAAAGAGAAUUGUAUUUUAAUAUAAAGACGAGCGCAGGAGGGGGGAAAAGGGGCGGAAAGAAAAUUUGUGGGCAGAUUAAAAAAAAGGGCGGCAAGAAGAGUGAGAAAAGAAUUUCAAACAUUGGGUAUAAAUGUAAUAGGCUUUUUAAUGAUAUAAAAAAUAAUAAUUCUGAGUCAUAGUCAAGAGAGUUAUAGGAAUGAGAAAUUACCAUUUUUUUUUUUACUACUUAUUAUUUGUAUAAAGAAGAAAAAAUGCCAUAAACUUUUUUGUUUGGUUGUGUCAAACAAAAUAAUCCCGCAAAAGUGUAAUGUUGAAGAGAGCCAAAAAAAUAUUAAUGCAUUUGAGGAGAAAAAUCUCUCAAAACUCGUUCCGGUGCGUUGCAAAAGUGAAUAAAUUCCUAAAAAUCAUUAAUCAAUUUUAUUCGUGCGCAGAUAAAGAAAAAACAGACAUUUUGGAGUGUGGUAAAUUAUUAUGUCAAGGAGUAAAACUACAAGAAUGAAGAGUAAAUGAAAAACAAAAUUACUAUAAAUACUUAUUGCUAAUAAACAUGUAAAAGUAAGCACGUAAAGAUUAUACAGAGAAACUGCGAGCUUCUGUGUGAGCUCACAAAAAGGACCAUUUAAUAUUUGCUGGAUGAAUAGCAGAGGUUUUCCACAACAAAAUAAAAAGAAAGAGAGAGAUAGAGAGAGAAAAGAAUCACAAAACCAUUUGAGAAUUAUAGCAAAAGGAACAAAAAAACAUUCAAUGAGGAAAUCCAAGUGAAAGAGAGGAAAAAAAUAGUAAACUUUUUAGGGUGAAAAAGAAAAAAAAAGAA